UCUCUCUCUCUCUCUCUCUCUCCUCACACCGGGACUGCCCUCCUCUCUCAGCCCCUCUGACAGUCACACUCCAGACGGCCGCGGUGAUGCCCGAGUUGUUACCGCCUCCCCGGAGGCUGCCCGGAGCCGGAGCCGGAGCCGGACCCUCGCCCUCGGCUCUGUCCUGCUAUUGCCUCCCCCUCCUCGCUCUGCUCACCCUCAACAGCCUCCCGGGGGCUCGGGCCGCCAACCCGCUCUCCAGCGCCGAGUGCCAGAACGGCAGAGGCAAAGGGACCAGUUGUUCAGAAUUUAAUGAACGAGAAAAUGAUUUCAAGAUGUGUGAUGAAACUACGUGUAGAUAUGCUGGUGUGUGUACGGAAGUCGGUGAUGACUUGACAUGUUCGUGCCAGUUUCAGUGCCAUACAAAUUACAUUCCUGUUUGUGGAUCUAAUGGAGACGCCUACCAGAAUGAAUGUUUCCUGAGACUAGCUGCGUGCAAGUAUCAGAAAGAGAUCACAGUCAUAACAGAUGGUCCCUGUUACACAGAAAAUGGCUCUGGAUCCGGAGAAGGGGAAUAUGAAGGGUCUGGAACAGAGCGGCGCCCAAAACACGCAAAGUGUGGAAAAUGCAAAUAUGGGGCAGAGUGUGAUGAAGAUGCAGAGGAUGUCUGGUGCGUGUGUAAUAUAGACUGCAUCAGAUUCAACUACAAUCCUGUGUGUGCGUCGAAUGGAAAGUCCUAUGACAGUCCUUGCUUGGUCAAAGAAGCAUCUUGUCAGAGACAGGAGCGGAUUGAAGUAAAACAUCUUGGCAAAUGCCUAGAUGACGCCAGCUCACUGGGGAAGAAAGAUGAUGGAUUUCAGUUUGGGCCAGAAGUUAAAGAUGCCAGUGAUCAAAGGGAAGAUGAUUACACUGGGAACUACCAGCUGUGCUCAGAAAAUAUCUGCAUACAUGGCAAAUGUGAAUAUAUUUAUGCUCGUCGAGAGACAUCCUGCCUCUGUGAAUCUGGAUAUACUGGACAGCGCUGUGAAAACAGGGACUUCAAUAUCCUGUAUGUCGUUCCAAGUGGCCAGAAGCUUCACUAUGUCCUAAUUGCAGCAAUAAUUGGAGCGGUGCAGAUUGCUAUAAUAGUUGCUGUGGUGAUGUGUAUAACAAGGAAAUGUCCAAAAAACAACCGGGGACGUCGGCAGAAGCAAAACCUAGGACAUUUUAAUGCAGACUGCACCACUUCAUCAAGGAUGGUCUAGUUUGAUUUUUUUUGAAUACUCUUUUUCCUUCAUUCACCAUAUCUCACCAGUUGCUGAAUUACAAUCGAUUUUUGUUUCUUGAGAAGAAGAGAUUUUUGUUUGGAAGGCCGUGGUUUUCUGGACCCUUGCCAGUUUACGGAUUAUACAGUGUCUGGUUAUACUGCAGGAUCCUGCCACUGGCAAACAAGUAAGACAGUCUAAUGGUACCUGAGAUUUUCAUCAUUCCCAUCAACAGAUGGAUUUCUAGAAAAAAAUUCAAACAACAAAAAAAAGUUAAGAUGAUGCAGCUAUUAUUGAAAUAAUGUACUAAUGAAGGGAAUGAUUUUUUGUACUUCAAAAUUUGUGCCACUAACGUACGUCUGUGUAAUAAGCUGACCACGGUGGUCAUGAUAUAUUGCAAUUGACUCUUAAAAGGCAAAAGUAAAACUACCUGAAUGGGUAUAAAGCCAAGCAUGAACAGGAUGUGCUGAAAGAAAAACUUUUUCAAAAGUUUACAACUGACUUUCCUUAUGUGAAACAAAGUAAAUAAUAAGUCAGCAAAAGUUGAUCUUUUUUUUCAAAUCUAUUGGUAACUGCUGCCUUUUCGAACACUAGGUGCAUGAUUUGUGGAACUGUGAACUGUGAGUAGAUUAAAAUUCAAAGCUGUUCGGAUUAAGUUUGUGGUUGACAUCUGAGCACUGCCAUUCUGAUAUCUCUGACACUAUAUCUAUAUUUGAUUCCCCUUGAUGUAAAUUUAGUAACACUUAAAUGUAACUGGUGGUGUUUGUGGUGUGCGCCACAAGGAAAAGGAUGUGUCUUUGUAGAGCAAAACGUUAGCUUGAUAAUUGGAUGUGUUUACUGGGAUUCAAAGCAUUUUUUUCAAAAACAAUUGAACUGAAACAUUGUUAUUAGUUACGAUCAUGCUGUGAGAAAAAUGCACUGUAAUUGCAUUAGUAGUUGAAGUUACUUUUCAACCAGUACUAAAAACACAAGAGUGUCACCUACUGGACCUGUGCAUUAUGGGCUGUAGUUUAACAUUUUCAUGGUUCUUUCAUUGCAGGGACAGAGGCUCAGUUGCCUUUGGAAAAGCUAUUGCCCCAGGAAGCAGUGCAAUGUUGGCCUUUAACAAUAAAACAGAAAUUGAGCUAUCUCAUUUUAUGUUCAGUUCUCAGCCAGUUUGCCAAAAUUCUUUAUUAUCCACAAUAAGCCCUACAAAGCCAAAAAGUAAUUUUAUUUGUGGUAAAGUUCCAGUGAAUUACUGUUUUAAUGACAUUUUCCAGGUUUAUUCAUAAAGACAUGGUCAAUCUAAUUCCUAGCCUAUAAUAAUAAUACAGUGUUUAUCUUGUCUGGUGUUUUAAACACAUUGAAAGGCCCAGUUUAAAAAAAAGCAUGAGCUGCACUAUAAAUUCACCCUCUUUUAAAACCAGCAUUUUGGCAUUACAAUGGUUCCCACUUAUAGAAUUGAAAUGUACAAUUGAAGGACUGCGUACCAUCCCGAUUAGAAACCUCCCACCAACAUGUUGUAUGUGUCUGUAAAAAUCAACAUGAUCAGAAAUAACUAAUGUAAGCCAUGUACUGCUUUUUAAGUAUGCGUUGAUGUGUCUUUUUAUACUGCAUAACACUGAAACUGACAAGUAUUUUAAAGAAAAAGCUGUGAGUUCCUAAUUUGUAGUUUUAUAAAGUUUUCUGUGUACAUUUGAAGUCAUGGCGGUAGAUUUUUAAUGUAAUGCAUGUGGACAGGAUGUGAAAAAUAAACAAGGGUUUAAGCCUC